AGCCGGGCGACGGGUGCCACGGGCCAGGGCGCGCCAGAUGAUAAAUUUGGACAUGCUACUAUGAAGAAAUGCCACAUGGUCCUGGAGCAGGAAUGUCCAGGUUACUGCCACCUUAGGAAACUUGGGUUUACUAACAGCACUUGCCAGGGAAUCUGAUGUGGUUUGACCCAGAAGCAAGAAACACAUCAUUACCAAUGACAUCAUGACAGCAAGAGAGCACAGCCCUCGCCAUGGUGCCAGGGCCCGUGCAAUGCAGCGGGCAUCUACUAUUGAUGUGGCAGCUGACAUGCUGGGCCUCUCUCUGGCAGGAAAUAUACAAGAUCCAGAUGAACCCAUUUUAGAAUUCAGCUUAGCUUGCAGUGAGUUGAAUACUCCAUCGCUAGAUCGAAAACCAAAUAGUUUUGUAGCAGUGAGUGUUACUACCCCUCCUCAGGCAUUCUGGACAAAGCAUGCACAAACAGAGAUCAUUGAGGGAACCAACAAUCCUAUAUUUCUAAGCAGUAUUGCCUUCUUUCAAGACUCACUUAUCAAUCAGAUGACACAAAUCAAACUAUCUGUGUAUGACGUCAAAGAUAGAUCUCAGGGAACAAUGUAUUUACUGGGCUCUGGAACAUUCAUUGUCAAAGAUCUGCUCCAGGACAGGCAUCACAGGUUACAUUUAACACUAAGGUCUGCAGAGAGUGAUCGUGUGGGUAACAUCACAGUGAUUGGCUGGCAGAUGGAGGAGAAGUCAGACCAGCAACCCCCUGUGACCCGGUCUGUAGACACAGUCAAUGGAAGGAUGGUUCUGCCUGUUGAUGAGAGCCUGACUGAGGCAUUGGGAAUCCGAUCCAAAUAUGCUUCAUUGCGAAAAGACACUUUACUGAAAUCGGUGUUUGGAGGCGCCAUCUGCCGCAUGUACCGAUUCCCAACCACUGAUGGCAACCACCUGAGGAUCCUGGAGCAGAUGGCAGAGAGUGUGCUCUCCCUGCAUGUGCCCCGGCAGUUUGUGAAGCUCCUACUAGAAGAAGACGCAGCCAGAGUAUGUGAGCUGGAGGAGUUAGGGGAGCUGUCUCCUUGCUGGGAAAGCCUUCGGCGCCAAAUCGUCACCCAGUAUCAGACAGUUAUCCUCACGUACCAGGAGAACCUGACUGACCUUCAUCAGUACAAAGGUCCUUCUUUUAAAGCAAGUAGUUUGAAAGCAGAUAAAAAGUUAGAAUUUGUUCCCACAAACCUUCACAUACAAAGGAUGAGAGUUCAAGAUGACGGAGGAUCAGAUCAGAAUUAUGAUGUUGUCACUAUCGGAGCACCAGCAGCACACUGCCAAGGUUUUAAGUCAGGAGGUCUUCGCAAAAAACUACACAAAUUUGAAGAAACCAAGAAACAUACAUCAUCUAGCUGCCAGUCUAUCAUCUACAUACCACAAGACAUCAUCAGAGCCAAAGAGAUUAUCGCCCAGAUCAACACCCUGAAAACCCAAGUUAGUUACUACGCAGAGCGGCUCUCAAGGGCAGCCAAGGACAGGUCUGCCACUGGCCUUGAAAGGACACUUGCCAUCUUGGCAGACAAGACCCGGCAGCUGGUCACAGUUUGUGAUUGCAAGCUGCUGGCCAGCUCCAUCCAUGGACUGAAUGCUGCACGACCUGACUAUAUCGCCUCUAAGGCCUCCCCGACCUCAACAGAGGAGGAACAGGUGAUGCUUCGGAAUGACCAGGACACGCUCAUGGCCAGGUGGACUGGGAGGAACAGCCGAUCUUCCCUGCAAGUGGACUGGCACGAGGAGGAGUGGGAGAAAGUGUGGUUGAACGUGGACAAGAGCCUGGAAUGCAUCAUCCAGCGAGUGGACAAGCUACUGCAGAAGGAGCGCCUGCAUGGCGAGGGCUGUGAGGAUGUCUUUCCUUGUGCAGGCAGCUGCACCAGCAAGAAAGGUAACCGGAACAGCCACGCCUACUGGAUCAGACCGGAGGACCCCUUCUGCAACACCCCCUCCUCACCAUGCCCCUCUUCCAUGUCCAUUGCUGCAUGCCAUCCUCACCCAAGCACACAUACCAGUCCCCCUCCUGAAGAGUCCAGCCCAGGUGAAUGGAGUGAAGCCCUAUACCCCCUGCUGACUACCCUCACAGACUGCGUGUCCAUGAUGAGUGACAAGGCCAAGAAGGCCAUGGUCUUCCUGCUCAUGCAGGACAGUGCCCCCACCAUAGCUUCUUACCUGAGCCUGCAGUACCGCCGCGACGUAGUCUUCUGCCAAACCCUGACUGCUCUCAUCUGUGGCUUCAUCAUCAAGCUAAGGAACUGCCUGCAUGAUGAUGGCUUCCUGCGGCAGCUCUACACCAUUGGACUACUGGCCCAGUUUGAAAGCCUCCUAAGCACCUAUGGAGAGGAGCUGGCGAUGCUGGAGGACAUGAGCCUCGGAAUCAUGGACUUGAGGAAUGUGACCUUUAAAGUCACACAGGCCACUUCCAAUGCAUCAACUGACAUGCUGCCUGUCAUCACAGGAAACCGUGAUGGGUUUAAUGUGCGGAUCCCUUUGCCAGGCCCACUCUUUGAUACCUUGCCCCGGGAAAUCCAGAGUGGCAUGUUGCUUCGAGUGCAGCCAGUCCUCUUUAAUGUAGGCAUCAAUGAGCAACAGACACUGGCUGAGAGGUUUGGUGAUACGUCUUUACAAGAAGUCAUCAAUGUGGAGAGUUUGGUGCGACUAAAUUCCUACUUUGAACAGUUUAAGGAAGUGUUGCCGGAGGAUUGUCUACCUCGAUCUCGGAGUCAGACCUGCCUGCCUGAACUACUGCGCUUUCUAGGCCAGAACGUCCAUGCCCGAAAGAAUAAGAAUGUGGAUAUUCUGUGGCAGGCUGCUGAGGUCUGCCGCCGCCUUAAUGGGGUCCGGUUCACCAGCUGCAAGAGCGCUAAGGACCGCACAGCCAUGUCUGUGACACUGGAACAGUGCCUGAUCCUGCAGCAUGAACACGGCAUGGCCCCACAGGUCUUCACACAGGCCCUUGAGUGCAUGCGCAGUGAGGGUUGUCGAAGAGAAAAUACAAUGAAGAAUGUUGGAAGUCGCAAAUAUGCAUUUAAUUCCCUGCAGCUGAAGGCUUUCCCCAAGCAUUACAGGCCUCCCGAAGGGACUUAUGGAAAAGUUGAAACAUGAACACACGGUUUCCUCUAAUUAGCUGUUACAUAAUAAUUGUGGGUACCCUCUAGUGCACAUACGAAUUCUUCAAGAAGACCUGAAGGAUUGCUUUCAUUUUUGUGAUUUUAAAAAAAUAUUUCACCAAAUAAUCUAUGGAGCAUGUUUUUAUUUUUCCUGUUGGAAGGUAAUAAGAGGUAAUGUUUGGCUCAAUAACUUGGAAAACAUCGACUGUCCAUAUAAUUAGCAGUCAGCUGUAAUUAUAUGGCUCGCAUCAAUAGUUACUGAUAAGAAUCCAGCUAGGUUUGUCUGAAAUGCCAGAAGACUUUUUCAAAUGCCUCUACAGGCACUACUCACCUAACUUAUUUUUCUACAGAGUACUCAAAAGUGAGCACUGACUCAAAAUCUCCUUUUUAAAAAUCUGAAUGUAAAACAGUAAUACAUUAGUUAGAUUCCAGGCAGACCCACAAAUAUUAAGUCAAGCUGGAGCUGUCUUGUGCAGUGAGACAACUGGUUCUAAUGAAUCACCCAACACCUGCUGCCUGUGAAACUCAAGGUUGAAGGAAAAGCUGGGCUUCACCAUGAGCUAAGAUUUUAUGAGAUGUCACUGGCAAAGGGGCUCACACACCUGGGGCCACUCAUUUUGUCCCUCAUGAGCUGCAGAACAAGGUGUCAGCUUAGACAAAGCCAGAUAUGAUCUAGCUAGCUCACAACUGGCUAUGCCCACAGGGCAUCCUUCCCUUUUCUGGAUGUUGAAUUACAGCAGGGACCUGAAAUGUGGCAUGUCUAACUUCUGAGAGAAAAGACUCAGAUGGAGAAAUAAUUUAUAUUAGAAGUAGUGGAAACAGUAUUUCAAAACAAAUGUUCUUUUGCAAGAUUUACGUUAGAUCUUCUAAAAGACAAUACAAUCAUGUUUGAAUGCCUGAUGCAAGUGUCUUAUUUUUAAGUUUGCAAUAAUUGUUACUUUUCUCAGCUGUUGUAUGACUAUUGAGAAAUGGUGGAAAUUAUCUUCUCAAAUGAGAUUUUGAAAGGGAUUAUGGGCCAGGAAACU